AUGGAUGAAAAUCGAAGAUUGGUUGGAAUUUUAGUUGACGGUCAAGACAAUAUGAAUGAUGGUAGAGUAAUUGAAAAUAUGAUCGUGGUUCCUCUUGUGGAAGAAGCACAAAAUAGUGGUGGCGGGGUCGUCAGUUCUCCUAAAAGGGAUGUUCAACUGUUUGAGGGGGAUGCAGAUCUUGAACCAAAAAAUGGCAUUGAAUUUGAUUCACAUGAGGCGGCAUACUCAUUUUAUCAAGAAUAUGCCAAGUCUAUGGGGUUCACCACAUCGAUAAAAAACAGUCGGCGUUCAAAGAAAUCAAAAGAGUUUAUUGAUGCCAAAUUCGCAUGUUCGCGGUAUGGAGUAACACCAGAAUCUGAUAGUGGGAGUAGUCGUCGACCAACUGUGAAAAAGACAGACUGCAAAGCCAGCAUGCAUGUGAAGAGAAGGGCAGAUGGAAAGUGGAUUAUUCAUGAAUUCAUCAAGGAGCAUAAUCAUGAGCUUUUACCAGCUCUAGCAUAUCAUUUUCGGAUUCAUAGGAAUGUAAAGUUAGCUGAAAAGAAUAAUAUGGAUAUCUUGCAAGCAGUCAGUGAACGCACUAGAAAGAUGUAUGUUGAAAUGUCUCGACAAUCUGGUGGCUAUCAAAAUACUGGGUUUGUUCGGGCUGACACAAAGUAUCAGUUUGAUAAAUGCCAGGAUUUAGGUUUGGAUGAGGGAGAUGCUCAAGUAAUGCUUGAAUACUUUAAGCGUAUCCAGAAGGACAACCCUAACUUCUUUUAUGCUAUAGAUUUGAACGAGGAGCAGCGGGUGAGAAAUUUGUUUUGGGUUGAUGCAAAGAGUAGGAGUGAUUAUAAGAGUUUUAACGAUGUUGUCUCUUUUGAUACCUCUUACAUCAAGAUCAACGAGAAGUUGCCAUUUGCACCUUUUGUUGGGGUGAACCACCACUAUCAGCCAAUGUUGCUUGGUUGUGCGUUAAUUGCAGAUGAGACUAAAGCCACAUUUGUAUGGUUGUUGAAGACAUGGGUUAGAGCUAUGGGUGGGCUAAAUCCUAAGGUGAUUAUCUCUGAUCAAGACAAUGCCUUGAAGGCAGCUAUUGAAGAAGUCUUUCAAGAUGCACGUCACUGCUUUUCACUUUGGAAUAUAUUGGAGAAGAUUCCUGAAGUUCUUGCUCCUGUAAUCAAACGGCAUGAGAAUUUCUUGCCAAAGUUUCACAAGUGCAUUUUUAAGUCAUGGACAGAUGAACAGUUUGACUUGAAAUGGUUUAAAAUGGUUACCAGAUUUGAACUUCAAGAUGACGAAUGGAUUCGUUCGCUGUAUGAUGAUCGUAAAAGAUGGGUGCCUACUUAUUUGGGAGAUACUUUUUUAGCUGGAAUGUGUACAACUAUGCGUUCUGAGAGUAUGAACUCUUUCUUCGACAAAUACAUACACAAGAAAAUUACUCUGAGAGAGUUUGUCAAACAAUACGGGACAAUUCUACAAAAUAGAUAUGACGAGGAAGCAAUUGCGGAUUUUGAUACGUGGCACAAACAGCCUGCAUUAAAGUCUCCUUCUCCUUGGGAAAAACAAAUGUCAACAAUUUACACUCAUGCUGUGUUCAGAAAAUUUCAAGUUGAGGUCUUAGGUGUAGUUGGCUGCCAGCCAAAGAAAGAACAUGAAGAUGGAUUAACUACCACAUUCAGAGUUCAAGACUGUGAAAAGGAAGAAUAUUUUAUGGUAACCUGGACUGAAUCAAAGUCAGAGGUUUCUUGUUCUUGUCGUUUGUUCGAGUACAAAGGUUUCCUUUGCAGACAUUCACUGAUUGUUCUUCAAAUUUGUGGUCUUUCAAGCAUCCCGCCUCAUUAUAUUUUGAAAAGGUGGACAAAAGAUGCAAAAAGCGGGCAAUUGAUCCUUGAAGGUUCAGAGCUAGUACAGACUAGGGUACAACGCUACAAUGAUUUAUGUAAACGAGCCAUUGAAUUGAGUGAAGAAGGAUCAUUAUCUGAAGAGACUUAUAAUAUUGCUUUGCGCACACUUGUAGAGGCUUUGAAGAACUGCGUGAAUGUGAACAAUUCUAAUACCACUGUUGUGGACUUUAGUAGCAGUGUUCACAGUAUUCGUGAAGCAGAAGAAGAAAAUCAAGGAAGCCUUGCUGCAAAACCCGGUAGGAAGAGAAAUACAAAUAGGAAAAGAAAGGUGCAAGCAGAACAAGAUGUCAUGAUUGGCGAAGCACAAGACAGCUUGCAGCAAAUGGAUAAUUUGAGCUCAGAUGGUAUAGCGCUUAGUGGAUAUUAUGGUGCUCAACAUGGACUGGUUCAGUUAAACUUAAUGGAGCCACCCCAUGAUAAUUACUAUGUUAACCAGGAGAGUAUGCAAGGGCUGGGACAACUGAAUUCGAUAGCACCCAAUGAUGAUGGUUUUUUUGGGACUCAACAAAUUCAUGGGCUGGGACAAUUGGACUUCCGACCAUCGUCUAGUUUCAGUUAUAGCUUACAGGAUGAACCUCAUUUGAGAUCUUCAGAGUUGCAUGGUAGUUCUUCAAGACAUUAAUGAGGAAGAAACACUUGCCUCCUAGCUGUACUGGGUGGUUCUUCUUGAAGUGGGUUGAUGUUUCCCUACUUGUUGAAAACACAGAAAGUAAAUCCAGGAGGUUGUCCAAGCUCCUGGAUUGACCUCUGUUAUGCUUCCAGUGCAGAUUGCGUUGGUUAAAGCCAAAAACAUUACAUUGACUUCAACAGUGAAGGUAAAUAUGUAAUUAGAUACAAAGGGGAUUCUAUUGAGUUUAGAUCGACUUUGUCAAUUCAUCAAUACUAAACUUAGCGCCCCACUGUACCGUGAUAGCAACACAAUCUGAUGUCAGGUGUAAUUUAGAUCCAUAUACUGGAAUGAAAUCCUGAAGGUGCCAAAUUACUGUCUAGCUGAUGUAACCAUUGAGAUUAAUGUAACUAGUGAGAUUAAUGUGCUGAGGACAGGAGUUUCAUAUUGUUUCCUGAGGUGUGAUAUAAAUGAUUGUCCAAGUUGGAUUAUAUUGUUAAAUUAAAUGCUGUUUUGUUAGGCUUGAGAUUGGUUUAUUAGCUUGUUUUGUAAGAGGAUGAUGUUAUGCAGAGCAGGG